GGUGCGCUCGCCGGAGCAGGGACGGGCCCGGGAGCGGCGGGAGAAAGCCCGGGUGGCUGCCGUCCCGCGUGACGCCCCGCGCUCGGCCCAAAGGCAGCGUCUUGUUCCGCGCCCAGAGAGUCGGGGUCGGACUUUUCCUCGAAAGCCGCCGCCGCUCUGCCCUUGGCGUCCGGGGACAGACAAAGGGCGCCGGAGCGACGUGCACGCUGGGGGCUCUGAGGCCGGCCAUGGUCAUGGAGGUGGGCAUCCUGGACGCCGGAGGCCUGCGGGCGCUGCUGCGGGAGCGCGCGGCGCAGUGCCUGGUGCUGGACUGCCGCUCCUUCUUCGCUUUCAACGCCGGCCACAUCGCCGGCUCCGUCAACGUGCGCUUCAGCACCAUCGUGCGGCGCCGGGCCAAGGGCGCCAUGGGGCUGGAGCACAUCGUGCCCAACGCCGAGCUGCGCGGCCGCCUGCUGGCCGGCGCCUACCACGCCGUGGUGCUGCUGGACGAGCGCAGCGUCGCCCUGGACGGCGCCAAGCGCGACGGCACCCUGGCCCUGGCGGCGGGCGCGCUGUGCCGGGAGGCGCGCGCCGCGCACGUCUUCUUCCUCAAAGGAGGUUAUGAGGCGUUUUCGGCGUCCUGCCCAGAACUGUGCAGCAAACAGUCGACCCCCAUGGGGCUCAGCCUUCCCCUGACCACCAAUAUCCCGGACAGCGCGGAAUCCGGAUGCAGCUCCUGCAGCACCCCGCUCUACGAUCAGGGUGGCCCGGUGGAGAUCUUGCCCUUCCUGUACCUGGGCAGUGCCUAUCACGCUUCCCGCAAGGACAUGCUGGAUGCCCUGGGCAUCACGGCCUUGAUCAACGUCUCCGCCAACUGUCCCAACCACUUUGAGGGUCACUAUCAGUACAAGAGCAUCCCCGUGGAGGACAACCACAAGGCGGACAUCAGCUCCUGGUUCAGCGAGGCCAUCGACUUCAUAGACUCCAUCAGAAAUGCCGGAGGAAGGGUGUUCGUCCACUGCCAGGCGGGCAUCUCCCGCUCUGCAACCAUCUGUCUCGCUUACCUCAUGAGGACUAACCGCGUGAAGCUGGACGAGGCCUUUGAGUUCGUGAAGCAGAGACGGAGCAUCAUCUCCCCCAACUUCAGCUUCAUGGGCCAGCUGCUGCAGUUCGAGUCGCAGGUGCUGGCCCCGCACUGCUCGGCGGAGGCCAGCAGCCCCGCCAUGGCUGUGCUGGACCGCGGCACCGCCACCACCACCGUCUUCAACUUCCCCGUCUCCAUUCCUGUACACCCCACGAACAGUGCCCUGAGCUACCUUCAGAGCCCCAUCACCACCUCCCCCAGCUGCUGAGAGGCCGGGGCGGGGCUAGGAGCGCCACCUCCACCUCCACGUGCGCCCGGGACUCCAGGCUUCCUCCUUGGGUGGAGAAAGGCAAUGACUCCGGGGAGGGGGCUCACGAGUGCACACUGGGCCUUAUUUAUGUAACGUCACCUGGCUUCCACUGGGCUCCUCUGCAGUGGUAGCGGUGACGGCAAGAUGCGUGUCGCACCCAGCACACGGGGACCAAUGUGUAGUGGGUACAUCAAGUCCCUCCGACAAAACAGGGCAGGAGAGGAGGACUGUGUGAGCCCGUGUCUUUGUUGCUGGCCCCUGUUUUUUGUAGAAAUCUUCGUGCUUGGCACACCUACCAGUAUUACCAUUCCUGAAGACGUACACAUAUGAGACUGUCCCUUAUUUAUUUUUGUGUAGGUGGUCCGCCUUCACACACGUCAGUGUCUACUUCUAGAAGAACCAAAUACCUCAAUUUUUGUGUUUUGAGUACUGUACCGUCCUGUAAAUAGACCCAGAGCAGGUUGUUUCCAGCACUGAUGGAAGACACCAGUGUUGGCUUUUUUGUUUGUUUUUUUCUUUUUUUUUUUUUAGUUGCCAACAGUUGUAUGUUUGCUGAUUAUUUAUGACCUGAAAUAAUAUAUUUCUUCUUCUAAGAAGACAUUUUGUUACGUAAGGAUGACUUUUUUAUACAACAGAAUAAAUUAUGGCAUUUCUAUUGAAAU